AUGCAAGUUUUUGUGUAUAUAUUGGUAGGCAAAAGAAUUACACUUAAUGUUGAUCCUUUAGACAUGGCUGAUAGGCUAAAGGCUUUGUUUGAAGAAAGCCAAGGCGUGCCUGCUGAUCAGCAAAGAAUUUUGCUUGCUGGAAGAGUAGUAGAAAGUGGAAAAAGUCUUGCUUCGUAUAACAUUAUGGAUCAUAUGGUAAUUAGGUGCAUAUUGGCGAAUAAAAACUGAAGACAGCAAUAA